CCAUUCCAGGUUGGCGCCUGCGCAGAUGGCCGGGAGGAUGCCUUUUGACCCAGCCUGGUAGCCGUAGUCGGCUGGAGCGCCGGCCGCGGUGGAUCCUGGGAGAAGAUGGCGGCCGCCGUUCACCCCCGAGUUGUCCGGGUCCUGCCAAUGUCACGUUCUUCUGUUCCUGCCCUAGCCGCCUCUGUGUUUCACGGCCCACCUCAGCGCCAGCUUCAUCAUGCAGUCAUACCGCAUGGCAAAGGUGGGCGUUCCUCUGUCAGUGGGAUCGUGGCCACUGUGUUUGGAGCAACAGGAUUCCUGGGCCGCUAUGUCGUCAACCACCUUGGUCGCAUGGGUUCACAGGUGAUUGUCCCCUACCGGUGUGAGCCAUAUGACACCAUGCACCUUCGUCCCAUGGGUGACCUGGGCCAGAUCAUCUUUAUGGACUGGAACGGGAGAGACAAGGACUCAAUCCGAAGAGCCGUGGAGCACAGCAGCGUGGUCAUCAAUCUGGUCGGGCGCGAGUGGGAAACCAAAAACUUUGACUUUGAGGAUGUUUUUGUCAAGAUUCCCCAAGCCAUCGCUCAAGUGUCUAAAGAAGCCGGAGUUGAGAAAUUUAUUCACAUUUCCCAUCUGAAUGCUGAUAUUAAGAGCCCUUCUAAGUAUCUGAGAAACAAGGCUGUUGGAGAGAAGGAAGUGAGAGAGACGUUUCCAGAAGCCACCAUCAUAAAGCCGUCUGACAUCUUUGGCAGAGAGGACAGAUUCCUCAAUUAUUUUGCAAAUAUCCGCUGGUUUGGUGGCGUCCCUCUUAUUUCCUUGGGCAAGAAGACUGUGAAACAGCCAGUAUAUAUUGUGGAUGUCACCAAAGGAAUUAUUAAUGCAAUUAAAGACCCAGAUGCCAGAGGGAAAACAUUUGCCUUUGUUGGGCCCAAUCAGUACCUGCUCUUCGACCUUGUGCAGUACAUCUUUGCCGUGGCUCACAGGCCCUUCCUGCCGUACCCUUUGCCACACUUUGCCUAUCGGUGGGUCGGUCGGCUCUUUGAAAUUAGUCCGUUUGAACCCUGGACCACGAGGGAUAAAGUGGAGCGGGUGGAUUCUUUAUCACUGAGCCACCUGGGAAGCCUCCUCUGAAUGUUACCUGAAAGAGAAGAUGAAACAGUCCUUGGAGAACGAUGUGAACAGGAGCUGUUCUCCCUGCUAUGAUGGGCUGGGUCUAGAAUCCCAAACCAGUUUCCAGGUGUCCUUUCUAUGUUCAAGAAGGAUCAGGUGGGAAAGCUGGUGGGCAGGACGCUCCAGCGUGUGACGGCUGCACCUCGUCCAUUUGUCACUGAGAGUGUUGGGGCAGCAGGCCGGUGGGUUUUGGGUUUGGUCUGGAGGUCACUGGGCAGCUCUCGGGGGAAGGAUAGUAGACGUGCCCAGGCUGGAGAGAGGGUUGUUGUUGCUGCGGGUGUACACCCAGCCUUCUGGUUUGCUCGCGGAUGAGCUGGGGUUUUUGGAAUCUCCAGGCUUAACCUCUUUCCCUCCAAACAAUGUGGGUUCGGGUUUUGAGAUCCAUAGUCAGCAUUAGUCAGCCAGGUUAAGGAGAGCUGGAGCAGGUUAUUGUUGAGUGAUCUUGAUUCAGCAAAACCAAGGCAGAAAGCCAUGCCUGGAGAACCGGCCAGUCUCAUUUCUCUGUUGAGCUUGUGGCUCUGACAGUCUCUCCGCUCCAUCCCAGACUGACUGCUCUUUACCCCUCACCCGAGCCCUGCUCUGCGCUUAGGGACAGACCUGGAGCUGACCCGUGGGGCCUGGCCUUUCCUUCCGCACGCAGGCCCUUCUCUGUGCUCUGCUUCCGGUGGUCUCUGCCCCGAAUCCACCGAAGCCAGUGGAAGUCUCGGCAGCGGGACGCAGGCCAGCUCGCGGGUUGGAGUGUCUGCG